CAAGCAAAAUGCUCUAGAUCCUCAUUGAUAAGAAGAACCAAGAGUAAAGAAGACCAAAAAUCAAACUAUCUGAAGAAGAAGACGACCCGCAGUUUGCUGAACAACAAUCAUGGACAAAAUUACCAUUGCUUUGCUUUUUUUCUUCGCUGUUACCGCAUACACCACACAAGUUCCUGAUGGCCCGUACAAGAUCAUCGUGUAUCCCAAGCAUCACGACUUCGUCACACGUCCCUGCCAUUUACUGAAGAUGAAAGUCGGCCUAAACGGCAAACGUACUCUGGGACUUGGAACCUGUUGUGAUCAGAACCAGUGGACAGACCUUCGAACUGUACGAGGACGGGCCGGUGGAGUUACCAAAUUGAAGAUAAUGAGCAGCGAUUUGAAUUAUGUUCUUACAGACAAACUGGAAUUCGUGAAUACUACUUUUGCGUCGAGCAUGAAUCAAAGCAGAGUGUAUUUCAAGACUGGACUUACCAUACUGUCACGCAGAGAUAAAACAUAUCUAAAACCAAUGUCUUCUCCUACCAAAUUCCUCUCGGGUGACCUUUAUUGGACGAAAAAAGUUACACUGGUCAACCGAGAAUCUUUAAUUACAAACUUCAUGCUGAGUAAUUCUACUUGCCAAGCUUACUUACAGUAUCCUAGUUUCAACUACUGCAAAAAAAUUGCAGGUAUAAGCUGUGGUUAAGGCUACUCAAUCCAUUUAGUUUGCUCGCAGUGGGCCCAAUUUAGAUUAAAAUGAAUUGUGAAAAUGAAAAGGAAAAAUUCUUUUUUCAUUUUUUUAUUUUUAUUUUUUAAAAUCGAUAAAAAAUGCACUAGAACCUUUUUUAUUCGCGCGUCUUUGUUUUCCUAUAUAAUUCCCCUAUUGUAUCUAAUGUCGCUCUUAUGCAUACAUACUCUGACAUUAUCUUGACCUCGAAUUAAAAAAAAAAAAUUAAUUAUAUAAUUUUUCCGAUUUUAUUUUCACCAUUCACUUUAAUCUAAAUUGGGCUCCCUGUGGUUUGCUUUAAUUUAGCCUGCGUAGCGGUCCAAAGGUUAAUGGGCUCGAAU